UAAACAUUGUUUUACCUAAAUAACGUUUGAAGGUUAUUUUGUGUCAGCAAUUGUUUUAUGUCAGUAGCAUUUUCUUUCGAAUGAGUUUGUUUUAGAAAGUAAGACGUUUUCGUUAACACCUUAAUAAAUCUAAUUAAUUAACUUUUCAAUUUGAUAUAGCGUACAUGUAUACGCUCAUGCAGCUGCGUAUAUACAUACAUAUGUCUUUGAGAUAGUGUUAAUGUAUCUACACAAUCAUGUAUGAAGCUAUCUGGAUACUUAUAAACAUUUAAACACAAACAAGACUGGCAAGUGUUGAUUAAUAUCAAAAUAUCCAAAGUGCCAAAAUAAGUAAUCCUCGUUCUCGCACUCUUAAUGUGGCAGCGGUUUCCGCCAUGAUGUCAGUGGAAGCUCUUUAUCUUGGAAUACUCGUAUGCGCUGCGGUCGGAGGAUUCAACAAACGUGCUGCUACGUCAUUAGAAAGUUGUGGCGUCAGCGAAGAUGCACUGAAACGCGAAUUGGGAUGUGUAUGCAUAUCCAAUAAACCCAAGCUUGACGUUCGUUAUGGCAGAAAUAAUGAGUUCCAGUGCGACAAAACAUAUUCUAAAUCGGAUACUUCUUCGCCGCCAACUGAAGUGAGCUUUAACCAAGCUGAAGCGGAAAAUACGUACUCUCUUCUGAUGGUUGACCCAGAUGCCCCUGGCCACAGUUUGGAAAAGCUUACAUUCUUCCUUCACUGGGCCGUUACAGGCAUAACAAUUACUACGGUCCUAAUCCACCUACGGAAAUUCAUAGAUACCAACUGGUCUUGUUCAGUUCAAAAACUGGUGCUGACGUACAUCUUGCGGAUGAAAACAGAAGUCAAUUCUCACUGCUAAAUUUCGUAAAUUUGAACAGUGAAAGUAUUUGCUCGGUAGUCGCUGUGUUCCAGUUCCAGGUACCAGCUUAGUCCCGUGGACAUCGAUAAAAAUAAUGUUUUAUAUGUGUUAACAUUCACUGAUAUUGAUCUUUACUUAAAGCCGUAAUACUAUCAGCUCUUAUGUGUACGUUCCAGUUUUUAGUGCUAUCUUGGAAAUAUUUACCGGGACGAUUUCAAAAAUUAAAAGUAAGGUUCUCAAAUAUCGCUAAAGGGCUUAUUUAACCGUAGAUAUAUACGAGUUGGUGAAUUCAAUAACACUUUUUGUUUGAUAUCUAACGUAAUUGUUUCUUACGUAUUGUUUCAGGUUUAUUAAUAUUUCAAUAAUAUAUAUAAUUAAUAAAUAUUAAACACGU